AUGGAGUUCCGCACUAACAACAUAUUGCUUACCACCAACGUUCGAACAGAAUGCUACAAGACGCUUAGCGAAAUCAAUCAUCAGCCAAAGGAUAUUGGUAAUGCCUCUGUUACCCCGCAGUUUGACGAGUAUUGCCAGGUGGUACGAAUUGCGGGGAAGGUGGAAUACAUAGACAAGAACGCCGAUAAUGAUCUUGCCAUGAUCACUGAGUAUCAUAUACCAUUUUCUGUUACAACAAUCUUGCUGAUUAGCGGUGCCAGCGGCAUAGGAAAGGCUCUGACAGUCAAACUCCUAGAAACUGGCUGGCGAGUGUUCGUCGCAGACCGCGAUUGUUCGAGCGUACAGAAACUCGCAACCAGGCAGCAUCAGCGAGACUUGGUACUCGGCUUUACUCAGUGCGAAGCGUCAUCGUGGGAAUCACAACUCGAAGCCUUUCAAAAAGGGCUCGACUUCCUAAAGGGAAGGAUCGAUUUUGUGGCGCCUAUCGCUGGCAUUGGUGAAAAGCAAUGGAUUCCUUUUAGUGGUCAAAGCGAUACCCUUCCAGUUGGAGAAUUCGCAAAGCCAGACCUAAGUGUCGUGGACGUUGACCUGACCGGUGUACUAUAUACAAUCUCCCUGGCAGUUCAGCAGUUCCGUCGUCAGGACAUUGCCAAAGAAAAGCAGUGGCAGAGUCGUGGCAAGAUAGGCCUUGUAGCAAGCGUAUGCGGCUUCUACUGCGUGCCUGCUUUGCCGAUUUAUACAGCGGCCAAACAUGCCUUGGUCGGGCUUACGAGGAGCUAUGGUAAGCUGUUACAAGAGGAAGGCAUAACGGUCAAUGCCGUCGCUCCCCAUGUCGUUCGCACGGCCAUCAGUUCGGAUGAAUUUUACGAUAAGCUGGAGGCCGAGGGUCUUCUCACGCCAAUGGACGGUCUGAUAGAAGCCUUCGGGGAUAUACUGAGUGGCCACGGAAGUGGACAGGUUUACGAGUGCGGGCCGCAAAGCGGGAGCUGGAAAUUACGACAAGGAGCCGCGUACCUAGAUGAGGAAAGUUACACCAUUGAGCGUGGUUCUUACACGGUUCAGGGAUCACCAUACCAAGUUAGACUUGCCAACGAUCACUACCAUAUAACGACUCCACGAGUAACGCAAAACCAGCAUUAUUAUUGGAUGGUCAGUUUUGCCGCAGCAAGCCCGGACAUGGGGGCACCAGCAGUCACGAGAAAUCACCAGCUGGCGCCGGCUACUCCAGAGAGAUCUGCAGGAUGCGACACGAAGACCGGCAUGGUCUCUUCUGCGCGUAGCAGCAUAGUGUCAAGCUUUGCGCAAGUGAUUAUCCGGAUAUAUCUCACGCCACACGCAGGCUAUGCGAUCGUGAACAAGGCUCGAGGAUGGGAGUUCUUGCCUCGACCUGGAAUGGCGUUCACCAGGGGGGAUCAGAUAAACGACCUUCCAAAACGACCUUCCAGAGCCCCGUGGUGGGCAAUCUUGAAACUGCCGACGACAGCAAAGCUUGACCCUGAUACUGGCCAUGGACAAGCCAUCAAAUGGCAUGCAAUUAAGAUCUGUGGCUCGAUGCCAAGAGCUUUGGGGAUUCACAUACCGUACAAGGCAACCGCUAGACUCGAUAGGUCUCGUUUUAGAUACCUCCUGCGGUUCUUGUGCUUCUCGCAUAGAGUCGUUGUGUCAUCCCCUGAUUUCCAAGUCACCACUGGACCUCGUGCUAUUCUUGCAGAAAGUCACCGGACACGACAAUCUGAGCUGCCUCGUGAUUCUAUCGGGUUAUUGUGCCACCCGAAGUCAUCAGCAGUAUCAGCUCCUGGCACCAUGUCCAACGACGUCUUACUCCUACUGGGCGCGGCUUUUGUAGCCAGUACUGCUUUCUUUCUGCUCCAACAACGCAGGCGAGUAACACUUGUGGAUCCAAUUCUGAAUCAGUUGACCAAUGGCCGGAGGAGAGUGUCCGCUGCUAAAACCCCCCCUCGAUCGCUUUCGCCAAGUAAGAAGCAGCGUGAGCCGCAAGAGCCGGACUACUCGAGUACUUUCCCUCCAUCCAGACGCUUCGCAUUGGCCGAGACUGAGCUGGCCUCCAAACUGGACGUAACACGGACGGGAAUCGCAGCUUCCAAGCCUAACUGGACAAAGAAUGUUGUACCACUCGAAGCAUCCUAUCUGGACAUGGACGGAUCCAGGUUCACACCAUGUGAAUUCUCAAUCAACGAGAUCAAAGCUCUCGGGAACUUCCCAGACUACGCUGCGCUCAGUGGAGUCCCCCUACCACAGCCCUAUCCAGAAUUCGACAUAAAGAAAGCCCUUCCACGCCCAUACCGUCCGUUCCGAUGGAUGUAUCAUCAGACAAUGUCACUCACCAAGAUGGAAACAGACUGGUGGCUAGAACUCGAAAACACGUACGAAGAGCGCAUCAAGCAACGGCAACAACUAUACGCAAAACACGGCAAGGCUGUACUCCAAGCACUUCCCGGCUCUGAACUAGCAUGCAAAGAGUUGAUGGAGAUGGCGUUGCAGUUCUUGUGCGCACGCUAUCCCCAGUACUUCAGACUAGACACGACCAAACAGAUAUUUCACAACGGGAUAUUAAAGACGGAAACAAACCUCGCCGAUACACCACCAUUACACGUCCUGCUCAACAACAUACCCGAAGACUUUGCCAUAAUGCUGCGAGACAACAAGAGCGGCUUCUACCUUUUCCGCGCCGGAAUCAUCUGCAGCGCAUUAGGUUGGAACGUCGCCUCUAAGAUCGGUCUACGACUCCAUGAGAUCCACGCCCCCAUCCCAGACUACCGAGAGAAGAUGCAAUUCUCCAUGGACAGAUACUUUGCCAAAAUGCCCGCCGACAAGCCCAUCCAACGCGGCUCCUGGGGUCUAGAAAUCGACCAACCCCUAUACAUGCCCCCCGGCGACCCCCACGAAGCCCACCGCAGUACCCAGCUCCCCAACCUCGACCUCUCGCGCUGCCACCUGCGCGUAGACUGGCAGACGCUGCGCCGCCUGCCCCUCUCCGCAGGCGUCGUGUUCAACUUCAAAGCGCUGUUUACGCCCGUGACCGAGUUCCGCGACGAGCCUUUCAUCCCGGGGAUCGUGCUCAAGGUGCUCAACGAGGGAAAGAGAAGUCUGAUGGAGUAUAAGAAUACGUGGCAUGUGGAACAUGUGGUGAAGCCGGCGCUGGAGCAGUGGCACGGCGAACAGGUGGAUCGGGGUCUGGUGCCGAGGGAUUGGGAACCGCAUACGUUGGAGGAGAGUCCUUGGUAUCCGGGGUGGGAGCAGAGUUGGCGGCGGAAACAGGGGUUUUAG